UCAGAUUUGCAGAUUUUGGCAUAUUCAUUUUUUUUUUUAAUUAUAACAAAUUACAAAAAAAGAUCUAAUAAUGCGGCGCACCCAUAAAUAUAACAUGAUAAAGCUAAAGUGAUGAAAUGAGAUCUAACAUCUAACCAUCUAGGGAUAUACUGCUUAUCAAUGCUCAAUGGUUUGACGUAUCGCCGGAAUGUCACAAUUGAUGUAUCAUUCAUUGUAACAAACGAAAAAAUCCUUUAAGAAACGAAUUAUUGUCGCCAUCAUGCCUGCGUAUCAUUCAAGCUUUACAAAAAGCCAUGGCACAAUCGGAAACAUGGCACUGUUACCAAUCAAGACCUCAUUCAGAGGCCCUGCACCUCCUUUUAACAACAAAGAACAGGAUAUAAUCGAUGAGGCAUUAUAUUUCUUUAAAGCAAAUGUAUUCUUCAGGACAUAUGAAAUUAAGAGCGAGGCUGACAGAGUUUUAAUAUAUAUUACUUUAUUUAUUACUGAAUGUUUGAAGAAGUUACAAAAAUGUGCGACACAACCACAAGCUAUGAAUGAAAUGUUUUCUCUUGCUAUCUCCAAAUUUGAUAUCCCUGGUGAUCCUGGUUUUCCCUUGAAUUCUGUAUAUGCCAAACCGAGUAGUCCUGCUGAGGCUGAUCUUAUGAGACAGUAUCUUUAUCAGAUCAGACAAGAAACAGCUGUUAGGAUUGUUGACAAAGUAUAUGGUGAGGAUGGAAAGCCAAGUAAAUGGUGGCUCUGCUUUGCAAAAAAGAAGUUCAUGGACAAAUCAUUAUCUGGACCUGGGCAAUGAAUUAUUUUGAAAAAUGCGCGCGUAUGAUAGAAAAAUAAAGGAAUCUAUUAGAAAAAUUUUUCACACAUUCACUUGUUAUUACUUUUAUAUCAAAUUUAUGAUCUUUUUAUUAAAACAUUAUUAUAAAACUGAA